GCUCCAAGGCCAUGGACAUGGCAAACAAGGGUGACCUUGGUGGGACAGCGAGUCUGUUUUUGGUAAACGCAAUGGACCGAGUCCUCAUUCACCUUGGAUUUGAUUGUCAAGGUUUGCAGCUGACAGGCGCAUCCAUCUGUGACGGGCGAGCCGUAUUUAAUGGAGCAUCCUGCAAGCUUGCGACACUCUGCACAAAGAGCUACACGAUAAUCACUACAAAGAUAUCACAACGAAGACUCACAGAGUCUAAUCCAAGUUACAAAGAGCUACAAGAACAAGUUAAGAGAGAUACGAAUCAAAAUGGCAUUGCAGUAUUUGGUAGAUUACGCAGCCGAGAAUCUAAGCGCAGUGAUCGCCACUGCGCUAGUUGCAGUGAUCUGCGCUGCAGCAUGGCUGAUGCGCUCCAAGGCGGGAUCCUCCAGCCUUCCAGGUCCCUGGAGCUUACCAGUCGUCGGUAACAUCUUUCUGUUCGGCUCCUCGCCCCACAGAAACGUCACCAACCUUGCAAAGCACUACGGAGAGGUUUUCUCCAUGAAGCUGGGCAGUAUGGAGGCCGUAAUACUCAACUCCGUGGACGUCGUCAAAGAAGCCCUCGUGAAGCGCGCCUCCGACUUCUCCGGCAGACCACCACUACACACGUUCCUGCUCUCUAGUAAUGGUGGCCGGAAUGUCGCGUUUACGGACUUCGGAAAGCGCUAUAUCCAGAACAGACGAGCCCUGGACCUCGCGUUGCAGACCCAGACCCAAGACAGCGUAGCUUUCACAGAGAAAAUCCAGGCCGAGGCUGAUGCACUCGUGUGCAGCCUUCUGAACUCACGCAAGGAGAAAUUCAACCCUUCAAAUCAAAUUGGUAACACUGCUGCAAGCCUUCAAUUCCGACUGUUCUUUGGCGAACGGCUCCGAUCCAGGUAUUUGAAGGAAGCGCAAGAGUUGAUAGACCACUCAACAGACUUUAUCGAGAACAGCGCAGUUGGCAACAUGGUGGAUUUCAUGCCAUGGGUGAAGACAGUCUUCAAGAAUCAAGUCCGAAAAGUCGAGGAAACAGUUCGAAGUUUGACAACGUUUAUUCGUAAACUGCACCAGCUGCGGAUGCGCGAGAUUCAGGAGAAAGGUGACGAGAGCACAACGAUUGCUGACACGCUGAUAAAGAUCAAGAAAAACCAAGACAAGUACUUAGCGAGUGAUGAGGACGGGAAUUCAUCAGACGAAGAUGACUUCGACAACGAGAGGGUCAUCAAUCUGAUAGCGGACUCAUUUGGCGGUGGCUAUGAGAAAUUAGGAACCGCUAUGAAAUGGUUCGUGGCGUAUUUGGUGGCGUACCCUGAAGCUCAAGAGCAGCUAUAUCAAGAAAUAGCGCACGUCAAAGGCACCAACCCCAUCUCACUAGAAGACAAGAAAAAACUCCCUCUUCUGGAGGCGACCGUGCUGGAAGUGCUACGCCGCAGCUGCUUCUUGCCCUUCGCUCUACCGCACUGCACAGUCCGAGACACCACCGUCGCAGGCUUCAAGUUGCCCAAGGACACUAUCGUGUUUGUAAACCUGUGGGGGUGUUGCCACGACCCUAAGUACUUCAAAGAUCCGUUCAAGUUCAACCCUCUCCGCCAUCUCGACACGAAACAACAGCAGGUUAAACCAAACUCGUGCAUGAUGGCGUUUAGUGACGGAGACAGGCGUUGUCCUGGUGAGGGCUAUGCAAAGUCUGCGCUUUUUAUCCUCAUGGGAACACUAGUGCAGAAGCUAAGAGUCAGGAAUGGAACAGAGGAACCUAUCGAGGAGAAAUUUGGACUGACGCUCCGCCCUAAGUCGCACUCUGUUAAAGUGCAAGCGCGUUAAAUUGGCCAGGGUCCAGGCGAGGACUAUGAACACUGUGGAAACAGUAGCGACCUACGCUAGUAGCACGGGGAAGACACGUGCUUCGAGGCAGUAUGAGAGAACAACACAUCUGUAGACCAUCUGCAAAAAACAACUUCCAAAAGACAGCUUGCAAAGAGCAAGGAACAAAUCCAGAUAUAUUUUGGAUAAAGACAGAGUUUUUGAGUUUUUAGACGACUCGAUAAUGGUUGAGGAGGAAAUUGCAAAAAGACAUUGUGCUAAGUGCCUAGGCAUACGGAAGUUUUAAUUUCUAAAUGUGUUAACUAGAUUUUUGGAGGACAGUUGAAUCUAAAUGCGGCAUUUGCAUAUUGUUUGUUACAAAAGUAGAGGGACCCUUGGCGUCCCAUCAAAAUGACCGUUCACGCGUGACGUAAACAACCUUGACAAAGUUCUAUGAAAGAGUGAUAUUUUUUAAACAAUUUUUUAUCCAUUUUAAACUUAAGCAAAAAUCUUAUAAGAUUUUAAAAUGACAAAAGCAAGUUUGCUGCCGAAUAAAUAAAAAAAAUAAAUAAAUUGUCUUUGAUGUUUAGGCAUAAUGCACAAAACAGAUAGGCACAGUUGUCCCUUGACCCUUCCCCCCACGACAUGGCUUUAUCUAUUCAUAGAGUAUCAAGAGGAAAAUGUUGAUUCAAUUUAAAAAAACAGAAAAGAAACUGUACCCAUUGAUAAACAUAGACCUCUCACAAAAGGAAAUGCUUUCUAGCCAGCUUGA